AUGACAGAUCUCCAUAUGAAAAUUAAAGACUUGGUAAAUGAAAGAGAUUGUCUAGUUACAACACUCAAGCUUUUACACCUUGACCGAAAAGAUAGUGAAAAGCAACCCGAAACCUCUGGAUGGCGUAAGGUAAAAUCAAAUGGCCCAGCUAAGACAUCAGACAAUUAUUCGCCUGUUAUAACAUCCAAUCGAUAUGAAAUUCUCGAGGAAGAAUCGAAAAACGAGAGUUACGUUAUUAACGAUGAUCCAGUAAUUCCUACUGAAGAUGUAGAUUUGCAAACGAAAAGAUACAACCACGGAAAGACAAUUAGAUCAGACAAAGCGAAAAGUAAGCCAAAAGAUAACGCUAACGGAAAUACAGAGAAGUCUGUCAAAACGGUAUAUAUUGUUAGUGAUUCUAUGAUUAAACAUUUGGAUUGUCAUAGACUAAAGCGUUCCGUUCAGAACGGAAACAAGCGAGUGCAUGCCGAGACGUAUCGAGGAGACACAACGGAUGCAAUGCAAUACCAUAUUAAGCCAUGUCUCCAAAGAAAACCUGACGAAAUCAUUCUACACGUUGGGACAAACGAUCUCAAAGAGAAAAAUCCAAAUGAAGUGGCAAAGGGCGUCUUAAAGGUAUGUAAUAUCAUAAAGAAAGAGAAUCCACAAACUAAAGUUGUGAUUUCAGAGUUGAUAAUAAGAACUGAUCGAGUUGACGAAGUAAACAAACAACUUUUUACUUAUUGCAACCAGAAUAACUGGAAUUACAUUAGGCAUAAACAUAUUGGAGUUAAUCAUUUAAACACAUAUGGUCUUCAUCUUAACAGGCUAGGAACAGCAACCUUAUCAAGGAACAUUCUAUUAUAUUUGAACAGUGA